CCACGUGUGGUAUGGGAGCCCACUUGACGUCCUCGAGCGCUGCCGCCAACGCCGCCGACGACGUCGACCUAGUCAGCGGUCACUAAUCAUCUGCCUCUAGAAGACACACUACUACCAUCAUGAGCACGGAGACGGCGCCAUCGGCCUUGGAGUCCAACAUCCGCGAGAAGGGUCAGAACGCCUACUACUACGCGCACAAGAAGCGCCACGACGUUGAAGUCCACGCAUGGGACGGCCAGUGCGAGCCGCGCCUCCUCGCCACGUCCGAGGCGCCGGCGCCGGUCUCCAAGGACAAGGCCAUCACGGCGUACGCCUGGGCGGAUGGCAAGAAGGCCGUGAGCGUGUACGUCGACCUCGCCGGCGUUGGUGCCAUCGCCGACGACAACAUUGUGCUCGAGUGGGCCGCGCGCUCCAUUGACGUGCGCAUCCGCGGCCUCGACGCGACCGGCGCCGACCUCGUCUUCAAGAUCAAGACCUUGUACGAGGACAUUAUGAACGCGUCGCUGAAGAAGAAGGACGACAAGAUCGUCUUGCGCCUCACCAAGGCCAAGGAGCUCACGUGGUACUCGCUCAAGAAGGACCACCCAUAAGACACGAGAUUAUACAUGUCGUUUGAUUUAUAGCUCG